UUGCUUGGAGGGGAGCCCUUUCUUGGAGCCAACGGGGUCCCCUUCCGUCUCCUCCUGAAGGUGCUCCGUAAAGCUUUGUAAAGAUGCAUGCUUUGUCUCGGAUGUGCUCUGUAAAAGCUUUGUAAAGAUGCAUGCUUUGUCUUGCUGAGGACUAAUUCUUCGACUUUCUCGUUCUGGGUCGGUGGCUCUCUCUCUCUCUGUUUUCCGUCUCGUUCGCUGCAUUCGGCGACCACCGAGCCUCGAGAAUCUCUCUCGUUUUGGUGCAUUGGGUCGGCGGUUCGCGAGGCUCUGCCCUGCAAAUUCGCCACCUUUCUCGAUCUUCUCUUCAGCCCCGUGCCAAGUUUUCCGUGGCGGUUUCUGCGGACGUUCCAGCUUUCGGUCAAAAGAUGGCGGAUCACGCGGAUCAAUGUCGGUCGCCGACUGUACACGCCGCCAUUCCUGAUGAUGCAGUCGCGCCCGAAUAUAACCACCCGGCGAUCGACCUCAACCGUCCUGAACAGAACGAUCCGAUGGACGAUCGGGAUUCAGAUUCGUCCCUCUCCGACUGCGAGAGCGUCGUCUCCUCCGAGCAGCCGCCCGGCGCCGCUCUGUCGCCGUUCGUGGAAUGCGGGCUGACGGAACUCGGCGAGGGAGACAGGGUGCACGGCCUCAUCAAGGAGAGGUUCGUCUCGCGGCUCGGCGCGCUCGCGGCGCAGGUCGCCGUGGUGGGGAUCCACCAGAACCGCUACGCCAGCGUCGCCGCGAAAGCGCGGGCCCAGGCGUUUCAAGUGUACUCGGAGGCGGUGCAGAAGAAAGGCGGCGGCGACACCGCCAACGUGAGGUACGCGUGGUACGCGACCUCGAAGGAGGAGGUGUCGAAGAUCUUGUCCUAUGGAUUUGGCUACAGUGGGAAGCCUGAGAGCAACAAUGGCUUGUAUGGCUGUGGAAUUUAUUUUUCUCCUGAUAGCCAUCCGCUCGAAAGCGUUAAGUCCGCCCCUAGAGAUGAAGACGGCCUAAGGCAUCUGUUGCUUUGCCGGGUCAUAUUGGGUAAACCAGAGCUUGUUAGUCCUGGCUCGGAACAAUCUCAUCCAAGUUCGGAACAGUAUGAUUCAGGUGUUGACGACUUAUCAUCUCCGAGGAGAUACAUUGUUUGGAGCACCCACAUGAACACUCACGUGUUGCCGGAGUAUGUUGUCAGCUUUAGAGCCCCUUGUUGCUUGAGAGGUUUGUUGAGAACUCCGGAAAAGUCACGGAAACCAACUUCUCCUUGGAUGCCGUUUCCGACUUUGAUCUCGGAACUCUCUAAAAUCUUACGUCCAUCUGACGUCAGUUUGAUCUCCAAGUAUUAUAAGGACCACAAAGGUGGAAAGAUUUCGAGGCAUGUGCUGAUACAGAAAGUCAGGCAAAUAGCAGGGGAUGGGUUGCUGACUAGAAUCAUCAAAAGUUUCAGAAUUAAGCAAUUUGGGGCAUGAAGCGGCUUGAUGAUGCGUGGGACCACGCGUGGACUUAAUUGGGGUGCAAGGCGUGUAAGUAAGAUCUGCUUUUUGCGGCGAUGAUGAGUUCACAAGAUGUGGAGGCGACGGAUAUCAGACAUUGACAUGGUUACUAAUAGUAGGAUAGGAAAAAUGACUUGUUCUGAGAUUUGUAUAUCUGCUGAUCUUUUGAUGUUUUGGAAUGUUUGUGCUUUGGUUAUGGCCAUCGGCUGAAGUUUUCUCCUGGUUCCUGUAUCCCAUGGCUGUUUUGUUUUCAAUGGAGAACCGAGAAAUUCCAGUGAAACCAAAGCGCUUCUUUUUUUGACAUGUUAAGG